UCAAAAUAGAUGACAAUGUCAAAGGUUCUGUGAAUUUUCAAUGAUAUUAAUAAACAUUUUUAGAUGCACAAGAACUCAUAUUCCAUUGUUUGCAUUUUGCUCAUCAUUAUCAGGGUGGAUUUUUGAAUUAUAACAAUACAAUUUACAAUUGUUCUUCGAUCAACAAUCCUUAAAUUCAAUUAAACAAAAGCUUAAUAUUGAAAUGUUAUUAAUGUUAAAUAUUUUAUAUAAUUACUAUAAAUGAUUCUGUUAUAAUUUUAGAUAUCCCAGAUGCUGCACCAAGCCAGUGGGAAGGUCGAAUUGUUGGAGGAUCGACAGCUUUUAUGGGCCAGUUUCCAUAUCAAGUUUCAUUGCGAUCAAUGCAAAAUUCUCACUUCUGUGGUGGAUUUAUAAUCAACAAUAGGUGGCUCGGAUCUGCUGCUCACUGCACAGCUCCACGAACAGUCAGCAACACACGUGCCGUAGUAGGAGCAAUUCAUCGAUCAACUGGUGGUGUGACUCAUAAUCUUGCUAGAUUCAUCAAUCAUCCAAAUUAUCAAGCACAAACACUUGCUAAUGAUGUCUCAUUGAUACAAACUAUUAAUUCAAUUGUUUUUAACAACAUGGCUGCUCCUGUUGCUUUAGGCAGUCAUUUUGUUGGUGGAGGUGCUAAUGCUGUAGCUACUGGAUUCGGACAGACUGGACGAAAUAAUCCAAGUUCAACUGGAUUGAUGUGGGUAGGCUUGAGAACAAUAACAAAUGACGAAUGCAGACAGAAGUUUUCCUCAGCGAAUGCACAAAGAAUUCUUGAUAGUAUCAUUUGUACUUUUACCAGAGUUGGACAAGGAACCUGCAUGGGAGAUAGUGGAGGACCACUCGUUUCAAACGGGAAUGUUAUCGGAAUUGUUUCAUGGGGAAUUCCAUGUGCAAGUGGCUCUCCUGAUGUUUACACUCGAGUUAGCUUCUACCGAACAUGGAUGAUGAGUCAGAUGGCAUAACUUCAACAGCAAUACUAAUCAGUUUUAAAAAUAUUUUUUUUAUUUUAUAUUGCAUGGGGCUUUAUAAAUAUUUGUAGAUAGUCAUGGUUCUGGUUGCUUUAAUUAUUUGUAGAUUUUUGGAUUUAUUACAAUUUAUGAAUUCUCAGA